AAAAUCUCCAUUUCAGAGCUAUGAGAGGUAUAGCAGCAAUUUUGAUUUUGGGCGCCACGGCCGUUCUGGGUCAACAUGACCCUCAUUGGGUAGAUGGUAGAAGUACCAUUGUGCAUCUAUUUGAAUGGAAAUGGGCCGACAUCGCGUCAGAAUGUGAAAAUUUUUUGAGUAAAAAAGGCUUCGCAGGGGUACAAAUUUCUCCACCUAGUGAAAAUGCUGUCGUAAGCGGAAGGCCGUGGUGGGAAAAAUACCAACCGGUCAGCUAUGUCCUCACUACCAGAUCUGGAGAUGAAGCUGCUUUAGCUGACAUGAUCAAGCGUUGUAAUAAUGUCGGAGUUAGAAUCUAUGCUGAUCUGGUCGUUAAUCAUAUGGCUGCCUCUACAGGAAUCGGAACAGCUGGACACACUUGCGACCCAGGUAGUAAGUCUUACCCAGCUGUAUCCUACUCUAGCGAAAACUUCCACGCUACCUGUGACAUUAAUUAUAAUGAUGCUGCUUCUAUUAGAAAUUGUGAAUUAUCUGGUCUCAAGGAUUUGGAUCAAAGUCAGGACUAUGUGAGAGGUAAAAUCAUCGAGUACAUGAAUCAUCUGAUCAGCUUGGGUGUAGCUGGUUUUCGUGUGGAUGCUGCCAAACAUAUGUGGCCUGCAGAUUUAUCAGCUAUUUUUGGUAGUGUCAACGAUUUAAAUACCGAUUUCUUCCCCAGUGGAUCCAGAGCCAUGUACUACCAAGAAGUCAUCGAUACUGGUUCUGACCCAGUCUACAAUACUGAAUAUACAGGUUUUGGACGUGUAUGUGAGUUUAAAUAUGGUAUGGAGUUGGCAAAAUGUUUCCGAGGAAGCAAUCCACUGAAGUACUUGACCAACUGGGGUGUUGGAUGGGGUAUGGCUGAUGGAAGCAAAACUGCUGUCUUUAUUGACAACCAUGACACUGAAAGAAGUAACUCAGCUUACUUAAACUAUAAAGAAGACAAGGCUUAUAAAGCGGCUAUCGCUUUUAUGUUGGCUCAUCCUUAUGAGGGCCUUCCUAAGGUCAUGUCGUCAUUUUACUUUGAUAGUAGUGACCAAGCUCCUCCAGCAAACGGCGAUGAUGUGCUAAGCCCUGGAUUUAAUGAUGAUGGAACAUGUACUAAUGGUUGGGUCUGCCAACAUCGUUGGUCGCCCAUUUUCAACAUGGUAGAGUUCCGUAACACCGUCUCUGGAACCGAAUUAACUAACUGGUGGUCUGGUGGUGAUAACCAAAUAGCCUUUUCCAGGGGUGAUAAGGGACUAAUAGCUAUUUCUAUCAAUGGUGAUAUUAACUCCAACAUUCCAACUGGCCUGCCUGAUGGUACCUAUUGUGAUGUUAUCUCUGGAAGUUUGUCUAAUGGAUCUUGUACUGGCAAAACAGUUACUGUCAGUGGAGGAUCGGCUUAUAUUAGUAUUAGCAGUGGGGACACAAAUGCUGCUGUAGCAAUACACGUGAAUGCCAAGUGCUAAAUAAAGUAUGAUUUUUUAAAAUUUCUUUUAUUU